AUGUUCAUCAAACCGUUCAAGGUAAAGUCGAACAUUCUCGUCACCGGCUCGGAGAAGAAGUGCCUCCGGCAGCGAGUGACUUCCCAGUUCAACCGGGCAGAUGGCGAUGCAUCUGCCGGUGGCUCAUCACCGUUGGCAGAACUGUUCGGCAACCGAACGCAGGUCUGUACGGUAAAAAUUGUCACGUAUCACGAGGAACCAGUCACAGUAUAUACUAGUGAUAAGCGACCUAUGUUUUUCGAGCAUAAUGGCCGGCUCAUCCCAACUGUUUACACGCUCUGGGUGUGUCCGGAUUUGGUGCCGGCUUUCACGACGCAUUCAACCGUCCUUCCGAAGCUAGCCAACGGUGCCGAUUUGAUGAUACCGGGCGUGGUGAAGCAGGGAACGAACCUGGCUUCGUGGGGCCGCCAUCAGCGCGACGACAUCGUGGCCGUUAAUCUGACCUCCAACCGAGCGGCCGUCGGUGUGGGACUAUUGGCACACUCGAGCAGCGAUCUGUACAUGUGUGGAGGGCACGGCGUUUGUGUGCGGAUGUUGCACGUUUUCGGUGAUAAACUGUGGGGCAUGGAACCGUCCGUCUGCCAGCAGGUACCGUUAUCCGGUGAGGUGAUAUCCGUGCCGAAGGAUUCCGAUUUCCCUCCGCUCGGCAGCGAAAGUGGGAAGAGGCCUGAUGAGCCAGUGAAGGAGCUCUCAAAGGCACUGGAAAGUGUCGAUAUUAAACCGAAUAAGGAAGAAAAAAGGUCGAAUAGUGAUAACACCAGCGAAAACCGGGAAGCAAAUGACGCGGUCGAAGAAGAGGACAAGCCUCCCAGUACGGACGAUUUAAUUCGCGGUGCCCUGCUAAACGCACUGAAGCUGCACGGGAAAAAAAUAACGCUUCCGCUGCUCACUAGCACUUUUUACCCGCAGUACGUGCAACCGGAGAUUCCGGAGGGUGUUGAGAUGAAGAAAAGCACGUUCAAGAAGGUCGGUACUUUCUUCAAGCAGAUGGCCGAAGAGGGCCUGCUCGAGAUCAAGGAAGAGAAGAAGGGCAUCGAAAAGGUAACGUCCCUGAAUCUGGAGCAUCCGGCAGUUCUUUCGUUUUACCCGUACAAGGCGGUUGCGAAAGUUUCGGAGCAGGAAUUAGCGGGCGGUCCAGGCACGGCGGGGCCCAUUUCGAAUCCUCUCCUGCUGACCAAGAUGACCGAAAUGUAUGCGGUGAACGAUCGAACGAGCAAACUGUUCGGUUGCUUCAAUGUGGCCAACGGGCAAGCGCUGGAGACGACACAGGUGCGUAACUAUAUGCGGGACUAUGUGGGCCGCAACAAGCUCAUCAAUCCGAACACGAAGCUGGUCGCGCUGGACGAAACGCUAACGGAAGUGUGCGGUGCAGGGGCGGGCGAUGGGUUGGUGGCGCUACCUGAACUGAUUGAAACGGUGCUGAACAGUAUGACGAGCACAUUCGAAAUGAAAAGCCAGAAGGAACCGGUGAUGAAGAGUGGCAAGCGGGCCGUGAUUCACUUAACAACG